UUUCACCGUUCCUCCAGGACUUCGACUAUAAGAAAAGGAACCCCUGAACCAACAUCCUCUAAGAUGUUUAUAUGGACCAGUGGCCGGACCUCUUCAUCUUAUAGACACGAUGAGAAAAGAAAUAUUUACCAAAAAAUCAAGGACCACGACCUCCUGGACAAAAGGAAAACAGUGACAGCGCUGAAAGCAGGAGAGGACCGGGCUAUUCUCCUAGGACUGGCCAUGAUGGUGUGCUCCAUCAUGAUGUACUUUCUUCUGGGAAUCACGCUCCUCCGUUCUUACAUGCAAAGGUUGUCUGGAGGCACGAGGUGUUCCUAUAUACCUAAGUGUGGAAAAAACUUUGAAGAAUCGAUGUCCCUGGUGAAUGUUGUCAUGGAAAACUUCAGGAAAUACCAACACUUCUCCUGCUAUUCUGACCCGGAAGGAAACCAGAAGAGCGUCAUCCUAACCAAACUCUACAGUUCCAAUGUGCUGUUCCAUUCACUCUUCUGGCCAACAUGUAUGAUGGCUGGUGGUGUGGCCAUCGUCGCCAUGGUGAAACUCACACAGUAUCUCUCCCUGCUCUGUGAAAGGAUCCAACGGAUCAAUAGAUAA